UCCCAUUUCAAAACAGCCCUCCCCGUGUCCUUGUGCCGCCCCGCCUUUUGUCAAGUAUCAACAGGCAAACUUUAGUAGUCCACACCCCUGCACAGCACACUCAUGCUCAAGCUCAUGCUUACAGUAGCAGUUAAGAUCAGCAACUCAGAUGAGAGCUGCAGCCGUACUGGGAUCUACUCUGUGGGACUGAUUUCUCCCCGUACCUGCUUUUUGAAGACAUUUUGACAAACCACCAUGGGAAUGCCACUGAGAGACUCGAUGCUGCAGCCUCAACUACAUAGGAGAUUGGGAUGACUGUCAACACCGACUGCUCUUCUGAUUGUGAGAUUUAUAAGGAGUGGCUGCUGUGGUUGUUUCUCAACAUUUGGAGCGUCAAAGAAAGGAAACCAACUGCAGGGACAAUGGACCUGACUUUGUGGCAGUACCAGUUCAGGGUCAUCAUGCUGGGGGACUCUACAGUGGGCAAGUCUUCCUUGCUGAAGCGCUACACCGAAGACAUGUUCCUGGAGACCAUCAACCAGACGGUGGGUGUAGAUUUCUAUGUCCACUUCCUGGAAGUGGAGCCUGGGGUCCGUGUCAAGCUGCAGUUCUGGGACACUGCUGGACAGGAGAGGUUCAGGUCAGUGACCCGUUCUUAUUACCGCAACUCAGUCGGAGGGCUGCUGGUGUUUGACAUGACCAACCAAGCCUCCUUUGACCAUAUCAAGGAGUGGCAUGCUGAAGUGUGCGAGCGAGUGCAGCCGCAGAAGGUUCUGUUCGUCCUGGUGGGCCAAAAGAGUGACCGAGCUGCUCUGGGGGAGAGGGUGGUGAGUCGGGAAGAGGCUGAGAAACUGGCCGGGCAGCUGGGGAUGCCUUACGUGGAGGCCUCGGCCAAGACGGGUCAGAACGUGAAGGAGGCCUUCGAGCUGCUGACUCGCCGGGUCUACCAGGGUCUGCUGAGCGGAGAGGUGGAGCUGCAAGAGGGCUGGGAUGGAGUUAAGUGCGCUGCACCGCAGGCGCUGCAGUUACAGAGAGCCAACCUGGCACAGCCCGACACAGGCUCCAAGAACAACAAGAAGUGUUGUGCUUGAACUGUGGACUGGUGGUGAUCACCCCUAUGCACUCACGUUACUGUAGAACCAAAGCUGGCCUCCAGGAAGUUGGAUUUGUGGUGGAAGUGUACUGUAAUUAAGUCAUGAAACACUGAUUUCUAAUGCAUUUUUGCAACUUGUGGAAAUACAAUGUUAACCAUAUAGAAAUGUCAGACACUGAUUAUAAAAACCUCAUGUUGUGACUUUGUAUAUACAGCACUUUGACAUUCCUGAAAUGGGUUAAGCUUUAUCUUUAGAAAUAAGGGUUUGUGUAUUUGAUAUUUCAGCCAUGAUGGCGGCGUGGCAGUGUUGGCCGGUUGAUCCACCACUCUGGUACAGACUGAAAUACCUAUGAGACCUAAAAAACUAUUGGAUGGAUUUUCAUGACAUUUUGCACAGACAUUCAUGUUGCCCCAAGGAUUUUUACCACCUGCUGACUCUGGCUGUCACUGCUUUUCAUCUGGCAACACCAGGAGCUGGAUUUUUUUUGUUUGUUAGUGAAAUAUCUUGUUUACUAUGGAUGGAUUGCUGGGAAAAUUUGCUGCUUGUGUUCAAGGUGCCUUAAAGCUGGAGUAGGCAGUUUUCUGGAAAAGGCAAAAAACCCCAAACAAACCCAAAAACCCACCAGAAUUUAAAAUGAUAACCUUUCUCCUGCAGCGCUCCCUUCACACAACACUUCAUACAGUAACAUGUACGAGUACUAGUCAUUAAUUUCAAUCAUCCAAUUUGUGAUUGUGAUCCUGAUGUGGUUUUACAGCCACAAUGAGAAUUAACCUCCUGUUUUCUUUGCAAACUUGUGGCCUGUAAAUCCCUCAGAGAUGACAAACUGCUACUUAAACAUGAACUUGAAUUAGCCACAGAUCUUUUGAGCAACCUUUUUCACAGAUAGCACGAGGCUUAACUAUUAUUAGUAACAUUUCUUCAUAGCAACCUUUUCAGUCGCUAUUUAGUUGACUUUUGCCAUCUGAAGCAUGUGCUUUUGUUGAGCCACAAAUUGGAUUGUCCUCUCUCUAGAAUAACCUGUAAUUGGCUGAAGUCUCCUGUGACAGUCUAGAUUUUUGAAGCCUGAAAACGGAACGUCAGUCCACUUAAUAUGCUGAAAGGUUAUUAGGGAAUUUCUUGCCUAAUGAUGCCCCCAAAAAUGGUCUACCCCAGCUUUAACUCUUAAUCUAGUGCCAUCAUCAGGUCAAAUUUUUAAUAUACUUUAUGAAAACUAAUAUUCCCAUCUCCUACAGCUGUAGUGUUUAGGGCUACUCUACACAUUUUUGCACGCUAACAGGCUGAAAUUAAGUUGAACAUGGUAAAUAUACUACCUUCAUUUUUUUUUCUUUUUAGCUCAAAAUGUGCCUUAGUCAUACAGCUGAUAGUGCUGCUCUAAAUCCUUAUUGUUGUCUAAUUGCAAAAUCUAUAUCGCUCUAUUUAUGGGACAUUAAAAAAAAAAAGUGUCCGAGGUCUAUGCUGUCGUCUGUGAGAUGCUGGGCCCGCAGCUGAUUGGACUAAUGUGGACUGAUGAGGUCAUUGCUUACCUCAGUUCAGAAGGGCAGUGGUUGUAAUGAUGACUUAUUGACUUAUCAGUGAAAGAGGAGACCAUGUCGUCAUUGCAUCCAGUCUACAAGGAUGGGAUACGAUCACGUCUUCUCUUAUUGAUUUUUUUUGGAAGUCUUUAAGACCUGUACAGUGGAAAGUGGCCCCUGAUGCCGCAGGGGGUCUUAGAAUUUUUAAUAAAGGGAAGAAAUUUGUUCUUUGGUUUCAAUUUGUUAUUGUGAUAUUUUCUUUUUGCUUGUGAAAUAUACUGCUCUUUUUAAGAGCCAAAAAUUGAGCUUUUCAUCUUUGCUCACAGCUCAUAUCCACACUAAAGUCUUAAGAUGUAUAAGGGGUUGCAAAUAGUGCUUGGAUUAUUUUUAAGAAAGUUGCACAUCAAAAGGUCAUGAACGGCUGUACGAGUACAUUAUUUUUUUCUCAGAUACAUUUCUGCACAGAAUUUCUGAAGCUUUUCUCUUCUCUGCUUGUUCUGUUGAUGAUUGGCAGCAGUUAAGGUUUUGGGUGCCCUUGUUGAGCUUGGAAACGCCCCCCUAUGACUCCAUGUGAAUUAAAGCUUUGGGCCUGAGUAGUUGUCUGCAAGAGGCUUUGUUGCAUCGAUAAUAAUUGCACAGCAGGCUGAAAGUGAGCGAUUGUUUUCAGGUAUUGUUGUUGAAAUUAAUUAAAUGAAACGACUCUAGGGUGCCUUUGUUCUUUUGAAAUGUUGUGAGGUUUCCAUAGCAAUUACUGUCCAUCUGCCUGAUGAACGGCCUCUGCCUGCAACCAAGAGGCAGACAAUUUAUUUUGCUACUAGAAGACACUCAGGCGAUCAUAUACGUUUUAGUGCUCUGUGUACUGGUAAGCGUCCAUUGUCCUCUGCAAAUAUACAAAGGAACUGAGUUUUCAUUAUAGACCAGCUAAGACUUUCCUUUGCAUGUCUAACCACGGUUGGAUAACUUUUUUUAAUCCAAAAUGUCAUUUUGGUAACAGAUCAGUCAUUUAUUUUUUAAUCUGACAUUGUGAAGUGUGAAAUCAACAUCUGAGCACCAUUUAUUCUGUCAUUAUUUUGAUGCAAUUGGCUGAAGUAAACCAAAGAAAAAAAUAAAAUGUACAAAGAUGGUUAAAAUAAAAGUUAAUAUAAUGAAGUCUACUACAAUCAGUAAUGCACUGGAGCACACAGAUGUCUAACAAAAGAAGCCUGGCUUUUUUGUGUUUGUAGCCACCAUUUGCAGUAGAAAUUUGGUAUAAUCAAUCUAUUUAAUAAAAAAAAAAGAUCAACAACAUUGUAUGAGUGGAGUGAGUAAACAAGGGAGCUAUCAUGGACUACAUACU